UUGACCUGCGACCCAAUUAUUUGAGCGGGUCGCUUCCUAUAGAACACAGCAUAAAACCGUACUCCGUAUUAUACGCCAAUUAUAAUUUGGAGCGCGUAAACUUGAAAUUACUGCCUUAUCUUUGCCAAACGAAACGCAUCCCCAUCACUACAUGCUUCGGGAAAAAAAGAGAAACAAUUUUGCCCCUUCCACCAGAAACCCCUUCAAUCCAGAUUCCUGGAUCAGCUUCCUAUCUUACCAAACGAUACAUGUUUCAUACAAAUCAGCAUACUCAGCAAAAUAACCAUUACCAAAUGGCCCCUCAGAAUUUAAGAUUUGCUGUUGAAGUUAUCAAUAAUUCCCGUAUCAUUUCACUAGCAGCCUGUUCUAUGACGAAUAAAGAAGUUGUUGAUGCAUCUACAAAAGUUUAUGUUGGAGGCAUCCCAUACUACUUCAAUAAGGAUGAUAUUAGAAGUUUCUUCGGAGGGUAUGGGACCAUUACUGAAAUUGAUUCUAUGAUAUUCCCGGACACUGGAAAGUUCAGAGGCAUUGCAAUAAUCAAUUUUAAGGCAAAUGCAGCUGCGAAAAGAGCCUUUGGCCUUGACGGAUCGGACAUGGGUGGGCUAUUCCUGAAAGUCCAAGCAUACAACACAUUUAGAUCAAAAAACAAAGUUUCUACCUUCUCUUCGGCAGCUGUGGAUGGUUACAACAGGAUUUAUAUAUGAAAUUUGUCAUGGGAGAUAACCAAGGACGAUUUAAGGAACCUUUUUUCUGGUUGCCAAAUAGCAUCCAUCCGGUUCGCAGAAGAUAAGGAAACAGGGUUAUUGGAAGGAUAUGCCCAUGUCGAUUUUGCAGAUAAGUUUUCUUUAGAAACAGCAUUAAGGCUAGAUCAGAAAAUUGUUUGUGGAAGACCUGUUAGGAUAAGUUGUACUGUCCCAAAGAAGGGAGGGGCACUGACCAAAUCAAGAACUAUCGAUGUCAAUAAUACUCAAGUAGAGAGUUUUGACAAUUUAAUUGUCGUCUCACAAGAUAAUACGGCAGGCCCUUCACAAGAGAAUAAUCACAUCAAUUUCCCGACAAGCAAUCAGGUGGAGAAUGUUGACACGGGGCCAAUCAGUGCAAAGAUUAGAAGGAGAACAUGUUAUCAAUGUGGGGAGCGUGGACAUGUUUCGUCUUCUUGUCCCAAGAAACAAGCAGCAGAACAAGGAAAUCAAUUUGCAUUGACCAAAUCAAGAUCUACUGAAAUUAAUACUCAAGCCAAGAGUGCUGACGACUCAAAAGCAAGUCUACCAGUAGUGUGUAAUCAUGUUGUCUUCCCGCCAAACAAUGCGGUGAAAAAGGUUGAAAUGGGCUCAUUCAGGGCAAAGAGAAGGAGGCGGAUAUGUUAUGUAUGCCGUGAGCAUGGGCAUGAAUCUUCUUCUUGUCCCAUGAAACAAGCUGCUGAACAAGGAACUCAAGUUGGAGUGACCAAAUCAAUAUUCAGUGAAAUUUACUGUCAAGAUGCAGUGACCAAAUCAAUAUCUACAGAAAUGAGCACUCAAUCAAAGAGUUUUGACGACUCAAAUUUCACGCGACUAAACAAUGCACAAGUCAGUAAUCAGCUUGAUGCAGUGCCAAACGCUGCAGUGGAGAUUUGCAAAGUCCGUGCAAAGAUACGGAGGCGGAAAUGUUUUGAAUGUGGAGAGCGUGGGCAUGUUUCGUCUUCUUGUCCCAAGAAACAAGCAAUGGAACAAGGAAAUCAAUUGGUAUUGACCAAAUCAAGAUCUACUGAAAUUAACAGUCAAGCAAAGAGUGUCAACGAUUCAAAUGCAAUGUUAUCGCAUUAUUAUAAAGCAGGUCUACCAGAAGUGUAUAAUCACGUUGUCUUCCUGCCAAACAAUGCGGUGGAAAGGUGGCGAUUCAGGACGAAGAGAAGGUGGCGGAUAUGUUACGUAUGUCGUGAGCGUGGGCAUGAGUCUUCUUCUUGUUCCAUGAAACAAGCUGCUGAACAAGGAAAUCAAGUUGGAGUGACCAAAUCAUUAUUCAGUGAAAUUAACAGUCAAGUUGCAGAGACCAAAUCAAGAUCUACUGAAAUGAGCACUCAAUCAAUGAGUUCUGAUGACUCGAAUUUCACACGACUAAACAAUGUACAAGUAAGUAAACAGCUUGAUGCACUGCCAAGCACUCCAGUACAGAUUGGCCAACUCAGUGCAAAGAAACGACGGCGAACAUGUUUCGAAUGUGGAGAGUGUGGACAUGUUUCGUCUUCUUGUCCCAAGAAACAAGCAACGGAACAAGGAAAUCAAUUUGCAUUUACCAAAUCAAGAUCUACUGAAAUUAACACUCAAGAAAAGAGUGUCGACGACUCAUAUGCAAUAUUAUCGCAUUAUUUUAAAGCAAGGCUACCAGUAGUAUAUACUCAUGUUGUCUUCCCGCCUAACAAUGUGGUGGAAAAUGUUGAAAUGGGCCCAUUCAGGGCAAAGAGAAGGAGGCGGAUAUGUUAUGUACAUAGUAUGUCGUGAGCAUGGGCAUGAAUCUUCUUCUUGUCCUAUGAAACAAGCCGCUGAACAAGGAAAUCAAGUUGGAGUGACCAAAUCAGUAUUCAGUGAAAUUACCGGUGAAGUUGCAGUGACCAAAUUAAGAUCUACUGAAAUGAACACUCAAUCAAAGUGUUUUGAUGACUCAAAUUUCACACGAAUAAAGAAUGUACAUGUAAGUAAUCAGCUUGAUGCACUGCCAAGCGCUCCAGUGCAAAUUGGCCAAAUCAGUGCAAAAAUGCGGCGGCGAACAUGUUUCGAAUGUGGAGAGCGUGGACAUGUUUCGUCUUCUUGUCCCAAGAAACAAGCAACGGAACAAGGAAAUCAAUUUGCAUUGACCAAAUCAAGAUCUACUGAAAUUAACACUCAAGAAGAGAGUGUCGACGACUCAAAUGGAAUGUUAUCGCAUUAUUUUAAAGCAAGGCUACCAGUAGUAUAUACUCAUGUUGUCUUCCCACCAAACAAUGUAGUGGAAAAUGUUGAAAUGGGCCCAUUCAGGGCAAAGAGAAGGAGGCGAAUAUGUUAUGUAUGUCGUGAGCAUGGGCAUGAAUCUUCUUCUUGUCCCAUGAAACAAGCUGCUGAACAAGGAAAUCAAGUUGGAGUAACCAAAUCAGUAUUCAGUGAAAUUACCGGUGAAGUUGCAGUGACCAAAUCAAGAUCUACUGCAAUGAGCACUCAAUCAAAGAGUUUUGAUGACUCAGAUUUUGCACGACUAGAGAAUGUACAUGUAAGUAAUCAGCUUGAUGCACUGCCAAGCGCUCCAGUGCAGAUGGGCCAACUUAGUGCAAAGAUACGGCGGCGAACAUGUUACGAAUGUGGAGAACGUGGGCAUCUCUCCUCAUUUUGUGUCAAGAAACAAGCUGCUACAGAACAAGGAAAUCAAGUCGCAAGCUGAUUUUGAAGAAGAUUCAGUAAAAUUUGAUUUUCUAUUUAUGUAUAUGACCUUCAUUUAGUGAGUGUUCAGUGGGGUAUGUCCUCUGUGUAUAUGGACAAACAUGUUGGUAAUACUUUUUGGUCCAUAAGUUUAUACUUUCAAACUUGAAUUAAAAAAAAAGGACGACAGCCCAUGACAACCCAUCCCUGAGCCCCCAACACCGAUCGGACAGCUAGACCAUUAUUGAAUUAAAGUAGUACCACUGGCCAUUAUUGAAAACAUAUUUUCUUUUGGUGUGUCUGAUAAAAAACUUCAAUUUAAUUUUAGGAAAAUUCUACUUUACCUCUAAUGUUUUUGAAUGUACGGUACCUUAGCCUAGCUGGACAAAUAAUAAUAUGACACAUGGAUGUUUUAAACAGACACGACAUCUAAUUUAAUUUAUAAUUUGUAAUUUAAUCUAUUUCCAUUGCAGCCCUGCUUAUAGGCUGCUGUGCUUUUUGUGUGCCAAGAUAUUAGUAUUUAGUAGCAAACUAGCAAUGAAUCACACGAAAAAUGAAAGUUUUUGUUACUACAUAUUGGGUGGAGUGUUUUUUUGUGCCAAGAAAUUAGCUGCUGGCUUGCUGGUUUCAGACACUCUAUUUGACAGUGAAUCUUAUUGAUCAGAUUAUCUGAAAACCGAGAACUUCAUUGAGAAGCGAAAACUUCAUCUCAAACAAAAAUAUUGCCAACUAAAUUAUCUCCAAGUUCUGCUAAAGGAUCAAAGUUCACGAUUCAGUGCCAGGAUCAUCAUCACCCUUACAACUAACCAAACUAAGAAGCACCAUAGGAUCCAACAGUUCAACAAUUGCAUUUGCAAGUUUCUAUGACAGUGGGGGAUCCUCUGACAGCAUAGCAAUUAGCGAUUGAUUAGCCUAAGAUAUUUCACCAACUAAUGGAUAUGGCUGUUUUUCAUGAUUAUAAAACUAGUUUUGCCGAUGAUGAUUGGAACAAUAUUGAUGAUUCUGAAUAUUUAUGUUUGUUCUUUACUUGGUUUGGCGUUAGAAUGGAAUUACUGGAUUUUAGAGCUGAGUUUUAUCGCAGGCAGUUUGUCUUGGGAUGCUAGAUUGAUGAUAACUGGUGUUUUAUCUGCUGCUAAGCUACGAUGCUAACAUGUUUUACUUUCAGCUUGUUCUUUUAAUCGUUUUGAUUAGCCUUCUCUUGCGGUGAAGCCAUAAGUUUAACCUAUAGCCCUUUUUUGUUUUUUGUUUUUAUUGUAUCCCGAAGGAUAUGUAAACACUUAGUUUAUUAUAAGCUUUUGAACUGUCA